AUGAUGCAUUUGAUGUUCGCUAUUGCUCAGCUGCCUACAGACUUAGCAGCACUCAAUGAUAGAUAUUUUCAUCAUACUACACUGCGUAAGCCCUCGGAUAAUACUACCGACGAGAAGCGUGGCAUUGUUUCUACACGGCAAAGGCAGUUACCUGAGCAAUCGGAUCUUUUUAAGCCACAGGCUAAUAUCAGGAUAGUGUUUGGCGCCUAG